AGCCCAUGGCAAUGAGUCACCACCAGCACCAGCGCCAACCAGAUCAAAACCCUAACUUCGACUCUCGACUCGCCGGGUAUCUCGAUGCGGUAUCAGCGGAGUUUGAGUUCUCCGAUUACCCGGUGCUCGGAGAUGGUUCGGGGGAUGACUGGUUAUCUCAAAACAUGGCUUCCUCCGAUGAUAUUCCCGUUGAAUCCGCCGCUGCAACUUCGACAAAUAUUGGUGACAUGCUACUUUCACCCGCAAAACACGAAAAUGAAGCAAAUAGAACGGAGACAGCUGAUAAUGCAAGGUUUAGGGUUGCAUUCAGAACACAAUCGGAGUCGGAGAAUAUGGACGACGGCUUCAAAUGGAGGAAGUAUGGGAAGAAGAUGGUUAAGAGCAACCCAAACCCAAGGAACUACUACAAAUGUUCAAGUGAAGGGUGCAAUGUGAAGAAGAGGGUGGAAAGGGACAGUGGGGACUCAAGCUACGUGAUAACAACAUAUGAGGGAGUGCACAACCAUGGAAGCCCUUGUGUCAUUCGUUAUAACCAAACAGUCUUUAUGUGACGUGGCAGUUGUCUUUAUGUAAUUGCGAGCCAUUUUUGGUGCAUGUAUUUUUAUAAGUCAAGUGAUUCUGUAUGAGUAGAGUAAAAUUUUAUUAUCCUUAUUGACCCAUGCUCUCUCUCUCCCUCUGCAUAAGACAACCCUUAAUAAGUUCUCAUAUUGAAGAGCAUUCUUUUAGCUGUCGCACCAGUAGCCAACCCAUUAGGACUACUUACUGUGUUGGUAGUCAAUCGGCGAUGCUGAUUGGCAACUAGUACUCAACGUUUGUCCACUUAGCGUUGUAAGUGAGCCAAGUCAUUUACGUUUGGCUUGGUAAG